AUGGCGGCGGCGGGAGGCUCGGCUAGCUCGCUCGCUCGCUCCCUCGGCGCUCGGCCCGUCGGCGCCCGCGCCCGCGCCCGCUGCGGCCUCCACAGGAAGUGCCGGCGGCCGGCCUCGCUUCUCGUCCGCGGCUCCAGCGGCUGCCACGUAGGCCAAGCCUUAAAGGGGCCGCGCCGCGGGGCCCGCCCCGGCCGCGCCUUAAAGGGGCCGCGCGCCGCCCGCCGCGCUCAGGCCCCGCCCACCGUACUCGAGGCCCCGCCCCCCGCUCGAGGCUCCGCCCGCUCCUCCCUGAGGGCCGGCCUGCUGGAGACGCGCGGGUGCCCAAGCGGGCACUGUGACCCUGUUCGGGCAGGGAGGGUCCCCGGAUCAGGCCAGCACCCGGGGCUGAGGGGCGCCCCCAGGCGGUGCACCCCAGCGCCCAGUGGUGGGACAGGGAGGCCGGGAGUCUCCCCGCAAGACACAAUGGAAAAGUACCAGAUUUUGGACUGGCUGAAUCCUGGGGCCUUGGGGGUGAACCUUCUGGUGGAGGAGACAAAAACCAAAGUAAAGCACGUGAUAAAGCAGGUGGAGUGCAUUGACGAGCAUCAGGCCAACGAGGCCCUGGAGGAGUUGAUGCCGCUGCUGAAGCUUCAGCACGCCCACGUCUCCAUCUACCAGGACCUCUUCAUCGUGUGGAACAGUGAGAUCUCCUCUCUGUUCCUUUGCCUGGUGAUGGAGUUCCACGAGGAAAGCUUCCAGGAUGUCAUUGAGAAGAAGAGGGCGGCAAAGAGAGUCAUUGACUCCCAGUGGAUGCAGAACAUGCUGGGCCAGGUGUUGAAUGCGCUGGAGUACCUGCACCAGCUGGACAUUAUCCACAGGAACCUCAAGCCCUCCAACAUCGCCCUGGUCAGCAGCGACCACUGCAAACUGCAGGACCUGAGCUCCAACGCACUCAUGACCGACGUAGCCAAGUGGAAUGUCCGUGCAGAGGAAGACCCCUUUCACAAGUCCUGGAUGGCCCCCGAAGCCCUCAACUUCUCCUUCAGCCAGAAAUCUGACAUCUGGUCCCUGGGCUGCAUCAUUCUCGACAUGGCCGGCUGCUCCUUCCUGGAAAGCACGGAAGCCAUGCUUCUGCGGAAGUCCAUCCGGAGUUCCCCCGACAGCCUGAGGGGUGUCCUGAGGACCAUGGAGGAGAGGAGGGUCCCCGGUGCGAAAAUCUUCAGUUCCCUUUUGCCUCUGAUGCUCCAGGCCGACCCGUCGGAGCGAAUAACCAUCAGGGACUUGAUUCACUUCACGUUGGUGAGCAGCGACUUCAGGUCCUCCAGCAGUGCCCUGAUGCUGCACCGGCAGGUGCUGCCCGAGUUCAUCAUCGACAUGCUGCUAGAAAGCAACGUCGCCAGCAUCUUAGAGGUCAUGCAGAGCUUCUCCAGCCACCCCGAAGUCCAGCAGAGGGCCAUGAAGAGGCUCCUGAGGAUGUCUGAAGAUCAGCAAGGUGUGCCGUGGCCAGCGGAGCUGGUGGAGGUGUUGAUCGGCAUCAUGAAGCAGCACGAGAGGAUCCUAGACAUACAGCUGUGUGCCUGCUCCCUGCUGCUCCGCACCCUGGGCCAAGCACUGGGGCAGGACCCGGCGGCCACGGUGCCGAGCGACAGCGCCAUCACCCCCGUGCUGCUGAGCGUCCUGCGGAGCCACCCCGAAGAGCAGCAGCUCCUGGUCAUGGUCUACAGCCUGCUCACCAUCGUCGCCAGCCAGGGACCGGCCACAGAUGAGCUGCAGAGGGCCGGGCUGUGUGAGCACAUCCUGGAACGCCUGGACACCUUCCCCAGGAACAGGGACAUCUGCAUCAACGGCCUGAGCCUGCUCUGGGCCCUGCUGGUGGAUGCUGUCAUCGUGAACAAGGCCCCCCUGGAGAAAGCCCCGGCCCUCAUUGCUGAGGUGCUGGCCACCUACCCCACGGACGCGGAGAUGGCUGAAGCCGGCUGUGCAGUCCUGUGGCUGCUGUCCGUGCUGGGCUGCACGAAGGAGCAGCAGUUUGAGGAGGUGGUGGCGCUGCUCCUGCAGAACAUCCGAGUGUGCCAGGACCGGGUCCUGCUGGUGAACAGCGCCUACCGGGGGCUGGCCAGCCUCGCGAAGCUGUCUGAGCUGGCAGCCCUGCAGGUGGUGAUGCCCGAGGAGGGCGGCAGCGGCCUCACCCUCAUCCAGGAGACGUACCAGCUCCACCAGGAUGACCCGGAGGUGGUGGAGAGCAUCUGCAUGCUGCUGGCCCACCUCGCCUCCUACAAGGAGAUCCUGCCGGAGCUGGUGUCCAGCGGCAUCCGGCCCCUGGUCGAGGAGAUCCCCGGGCGCUUCACCUCCAGCCCGGUGAGUGUCGUGGGCCGCCUCCGCUGGCCCCGGGUGGCCCAGAGCCCCGGGGCCGGACGAGUGGUUUGUGUGGAGGCGACUGCCGCAGAGCCCCCCGCGCCCGGGCCGGGGGGAGAGGGCUGCGGACCGCCCGUGGUCGGGGAGGCGCCCACCUCUGGGGAGAACUGUCGUCACCGCGCUGGGCAGCCCGAGCUCCCCUCGCCGGCUGUGGGCCCCGACCCGCAGUUUAAACUUGUGUGCAGGGGGUGCGGAGAUGAGUCUCAGAUGCCACAACCAGACGGGCGACGUUCUGCUCAGCAGCAAGCACGCCGCGUGCCCCUGCCGCCAUGA